CACUUCUUUUUAAUUUCACUCUGGUGCUUUUUUGUUGUGUGAAAUUAAGAUACGGAGAUGAGCCCCGAACUGCCUGCUCAUCUCAACCAGGAAGUUGUUGAAAUCAUCAUUCAGGAGCAAGACCGAUUCAUACCAAACGUGGCCAGAAUCAUGGAUAGCACCCAUCCUUCCCAUGCCAAGAUAUCCGAUGACGCCAAACGGACCAUGUACGAAUGUAUCUCUGAGUUCAUAUGCUUUGUAACAUAUGAAGCCAACGCUCAUUGCCAGCGUGAGCAGCGGAACACCAUCACUGAUGAAGACGUGCAUUGGGUCAUUAACAAGUUUGGUUUUGAUGACUACAUUGAACCCUUUCCUUUGUACUUUCCUCGUUGUCGUGAGGAUGAUGGUGGCGAAUAUGGAUCCCUUAUAGGGGAGUCUUUGUUGAAGCGUCCAAUGGUUGAUACAACUUCAAGCUGCAACAUCACGCCUUAUCACCUGCCUCCUAAUUUUCCUAUGGCUGGUCAGCACUUUGUGUAUCCACCACCAAUGGGAAAUGGUGAUUUGCAGGGGGAUGCAUCUAAUGGAAGCACUUCUCAGUGUGUAAUGACUUCAAUGAAUAGUGACGUUGAAUCUCCUAUGGAGGAGGAUAAGGAGUGA